AUUUUUGACGUCCUUUUCACAAUUGCAUCGACCACAUCACCGUCGUCCCGCGAUUCUGGCACAAUCUAUUUCUUGGACUCUGUUUACCAGAGAAUCGCUCUUGCACUUUGAAGCGAAACGUGGCCUCAGCAGUAGCACUCCCAGUGGCAGCUGAAUAAGAUAUACAAGUCAUCAAGACGUAUACUUCGACCGGGCCAGAGCGGCAUUGUGCAUGAGACACAAGCAACAAAACACUAUCCUCCCGUCUAUCUUGACCAUAUAAUACAAUAGCUGACUUUGAACGUCAGUCAGUCACACAUCCUUUCACUUUCCCUUCAGACGCAAGGCAAGCCCAGCAAGCCCAGCAAGCCUACCUAUCAUCUAUUGAUCUUGGUCUCGUCGCAAACCCAACCAUGCCAUCAUCAAAGCUCAAGAUCGACCCGCCCCUCCUCAACUCGGCAUGUCCAUGGGCAACGACACUCGAAGACAUCAAAGCGCUCUACGACAGCCCGUACACAGGAGCAGUGACCAUCCGAACCAGUCUUCUCGAGGGCUUUUCUCACGACGACUCGAUCCACCAAUACACGUUUUUUGUUCCCGGCACGACGAUCCCCGCCAACGCACCGAAAGGAGAAGAAUCCAAGCCAACAACCUCUUCGACCACCUCUUCCACCUCUUCCACCUCACCAACCACCACCAACUCAAGCUCGCCUUCCUCUUCCUCUGAACCCGGACCAAUCUCAACCCUCAACACACUAGGCUACUCCCCCCUCACUCUGUCCGAAUACCUCGGAAUCAUCAACGAAAUCGUAGGCCAACGCCACCUGGGCACCGAUACACCGACAAAGAAACCAUUCGUACUCAGCGUGACAGGCACACCCGACGAGAUCUCCAUGGCUUAUGCGUUGAUCGCCAACGCCGCCGAAAUGGACGAAGACCUCCGGCUCGCAAUGGAAGUCAACCUCUCAUGUCCCAACAUCGCCAACAGCCCACCACCAGCAUAUAACCAAACACAACUAUCCGAAUACUUGGAGGCGAUCGGCGAUUCCAAAGCAACGUAUCGAGGGCGCAUGGCCACGCCAGACAGUGUACCGAAAGUCGGCCUCAAAUUACCGCCAUACACGCACUCGUCGCAAUUCGAAAUGGUCGUCGACGCCCUUAGAACCCACAAGUCCUCGGAACCCGGCGACCCACGCAGUGUCGUCGAUUUCGUUACGACCACAAACACUCUCGGGUCGUGUCUGUUGCUAAACGACCAACUCAGUCCCGUUCUGAACAGUGAAUCUGGAACUGGAAUCGGUGGUCUUGCGGGUGCGGCGCUGCAUCCGUUGGCGCUGGGAAAUGUCGCUACUUUCCGCCGUCUGUUCGAUAGACAUCAAGAAACGAAGGAUCUCCAAAUCAUUGGUGUCGGUGGCGUCGAGGACAAGGAUGGUUUCGACCGUAUGCGCCACGUCGGUGCUGAUGCCGUCGCUUGUGCCAGUGCUUUGGGCCGUUAUGGUGUCAAAGUGUUUGAAAGGAUCACAAAGGGAGAGUAAACCGGACUGGAACGGCACUACCAAACCAUUGGUUUCCUCUAUACUGUUGGUUUCCUAGUGGCAUUCCUUUACCCCCCCUGGUACUACAGGUUAUUAUAUUUUGGACCUGCCAGCAUAUCUUGAACCACUGGCAGGCAAUACACCCAACAUGGCGUAUCACCCCUGCUUAGAUGCACGCAACAUAGCACCACGCACGCGAGACAUGAUAGGAUAGGAUAAACACAGACAAUCGUUGUACUGUGGCAGGACAGUCUAGUCAAUGAAAUAGAAACUUUUUCUGCAAUACAGCGCUAAAACAAACAAAAGGAAAAAUCCCUGUA